UCUUUCUUAACCGCCGUGCGCUUCAGUGAAACACUGCGGAAUAAAUCCAACGUAAACGCAGUUAUACUUUAUUGCCUUGCGGACUAUAAUCAUCUCUCACGUGCCUGUUUAUUCGUUAGGAAAAAAAUCCCGUAGGAUCUGUUUCCUCCCCCCUCUACUCAAUGGUGUGGGAUCCUCCUUUUCUCUCGCAUUAGCGCCUUUCUGGUGCUGCAGUAUGAACGUAUGAACGGACACAGCCAGGCGGACUGAACUAGUACCUGCGGCUUUCGGUUAAAAAUGUUUUACGCUGGUGUGGGAUUUUGGAAACGACUUCAAGGCGGACACGUGGAAUAAUAGUAUGUCAUCGUUUUGAAAUUAGUUCUGGAGACGUGCACAGGCAAACGCGUGUCAUUGUUGAUUGUAAGGAUCCAUGAAAUAAAGGGUAAAAAUGGCCUAUGGCGGUAGUUGAAUCGAAAAAAGACAGACUCUGUGCGAGCUGGACGGGGCUUGUCCCAUAAUCCUUGCUUAUCGGGUCAAGAGACCAUGGGAGAUGGAGGCGUCAAUGCGGUGGGAGAAGGGGUGAAUCAGUCCCAUGUGCUCUUUGACCGCUUCGUCCAGGCCACCACCUUCAAAGGCACUCUCAAGGCUUUUCAAGAGCUUUGUGACUUCCUGGAACUCAAGCCCAAUGAAUACCGUGUGUUCUACCACAAACUCAAGUCCAAGCUCAACUACUGGAAAGCCAAAGCCCUCUGGGCCAAAUUAGACAAGCGCGCCAGCCACAAAGAAUACAAAAAAGGAAGGGCCUGUGCCAACGCCAAGUGUCUGAUCAUUGGAGCUGGACCAUGUGGUUUACGUACAGCCAUAGAGCUGGGCUUCCUUGGAGCCAAGGUGGUUUUGUUGGAGAAGAGGGAUGCAUUCUCCAGAAACAAUGUGCUCCAUCUUUGGCCUUACACCAUUCAGGAUCUGAGGGGUCUUGGAGCCAAGAAGUUCUAUGGCAAGUUUUGUGCUGGAGCCAUCGACCAUAUCAGUAUUCGCCAAUUGCAGCUGAUGCUCUUGAAGGUGGCUCUUCUUCUUGGCAUCGAGAUCCACGUCAACGUGGAGUUCAAAGGCCUCAUUGAGCCACCAGAAGACCAAGAGAAUGAGAGAAUUGGCUGGAGAGCCGAGGUACACCCCCGAACACAUCCAGUCAAUGAGCUAGAGUUUGAUGUCAUAAUUGGGGCUGAUGGGAGGAGAAACACACUGUCAGGGUUCAGGAGGAAGGAGUUCAGGGGCAAACUGGCUAUCGCUAUAACAGCAAACUUCAUUAACCGCAACACAACUGCAGAGGCAAAGGUGGAAGAGAUCAGUGGAGUUGCCUUCAUCUUCAACCAGAAGUUCUUUCAGGACCUUAGAGAAGCCACAGGAAUUGACCUGGAAAACAUUGUCUACUAUAAAGAUGACACGCACUACUUUGUAAUGACUGCCAAAAAGCAGAGUCUGCUGGAGAAGGGCGUCAUUCUACAUGAUUAUGCUGACACAGAAAUGCUGCUCUCCAGGGCCAAUGUUGACCAGAAGGCUUUGCUCUCCUACGCUAGAGAGGCGGCAGAUUUCUCUACCAAUCAGCAGCUUCCCAAACUGGAUUUUGCCAUCAACCACUACGGCCAACCUGAUGUCGCCAUGUUUGAUUUCACCUGCAUGUAUGCCUCUGAAAAUGCAGCGCUUGUCCGCCAGCGCAACGGCCAUAAGUUGCUAGUAGCCCUGGUGGGGGACAGCCUUCUAGAGCCAUUUUGGCCAAUGGGCACUGGAAUAGCAAGAGGUUUCUUGGCAGGCAUGGAUGCAGCGUGGAUGGUGCGUAGUUGGGCUAAUGGAAACACCCCCCUGGAGGUCCUGGCUGAACGGGAAAGUAUCUAUCGGCUGCUUCCACAGACGACACCAGAGAAUGUGAGUAAGAACUAUAGCCACUACAGCGUUGACCCAGCUACACGGUACCCCAACAUCAGCCUUCACCAAGUGAGACCCAAUCAGGUACGGCAUCUGUUGGACACCGGAGAAACCAGGGAUUUGCGUGUUGACAUGGAGAAUGUGGUCAACUCUUCAACUCCUAAGCUCACAAGAAAUGAAGUUCUGCUUGAGAAGCAAUUGCAAGAGUCCAUCGUUCGCUCCAGUAAGCUGCUGAACUGGUGUCAGAGGCAGACGGAGGGAUACCGAGGUGUCAGUGUGUCUGAUCUCACCACGUCCUGGAAGAGUGGCUUGGCGUUGUGUGCGCUAAUCCACCGAUACAGACCAGACCUCAUUGACUUUGACUCGCUGGAUGAGAAAGACGUGGAGAAGAACAACCAGAUGGCGUUUGACGUGGCUGAAAAGGAGUUUGGAAUUUCUCCCAUCAUGACCGGGAAGGAGAUGUCUGGUGUGGUGGAGCCUGACAAGCUGUCCAUGGUGAUGUACCUCAGCCAGUUCUAUGAAAUGUUCAAGGACACUGUGCCACCUGGUGAAAACCACAAUCUGAGCCCUGAGGAGAAGGCUGCGUUAAUUGCCAGCACUAAAUCACCCAUCUCAUUCCUCAGUAAACUGGGUCAAAGCAUCGCCAUCUCACGCAAACGAAACCCCAAGGAUAAAAAAGAAAAGGAACUUGAUGUACUUGGGAAAAGACGAAAGACCAGCCAGACUGGACAGUCAGAGGAUGAAGAGCUGCAGAGGGUUAAUCGAGACGAAAGGCCCUCUAUAGCUACAGCUCUGGCAGAACGUAAAAUUGACUCGGCUGCAGCAGCAAACAACAACAACAAAGUGAAGUCAAUGGCCACGCAGCUGCUAGCGAAGUUUGAGGAGAACGCACCAACACAGUCUACUGGACUCAAAAGACAGGGGGACUCUAUGCCUAAUCUGGGGCUCCUGCUGACCCCAUCUCUGCCCACCCCCUCUCUGAAAGAGUCAGUGCGGCUGGCUUCAGUCCCUGCAUGGAGGAAGGGUUCCUUGCGAAAGGAGUUCCCUCAGAACAUCGGUGGCAGUGACGUGUGUUUCUUCUGUCGGAAGCGUGUCUACGUGAUGGAGCGUCUCAGCGCGGAAGGAAAGUUUUUCCAUCGCAGCUGCUUCAAGUGCGACUACUGUGGCACCACCCUCCGCCUGUCCUCGUACGCCUUCGACGUUGAGGACGGGAAGUUUUACUGUAAACCGCACUACUGCUACCGACUUUCUAGUGUGGCACAGAGAAAACGGCCUGCACCUUCCGCUGCUCCCUCAAACCCCAAGGAGCCCCAGGUGUUGGCGGUAGCCCCCAACACAGUGGACGCCCCAGGCCAAGCCAUAACUUCUCAGGCCCCUGUGGAACUCCGCCCCUCAGUGACAGAGGUGAACGGGCUUACAGAGCCCAGCGUGGCCAAACGUCUUAAAGGGACUCCGGAAAGGAUCGAGCUGGAGAACUACCGUCUGUCUAUGAUGAGAGAGGAGGAGCUGGAGGAGGUGCCCGAGGAGACACAGGCCGAGCACAACCUCAGCAGUGUGCUGGACAAACCCACCAACAUUGAGGAGGGAUCCAGCAGCUCAGAGUCUGAUAUGGAAGAAGAGGAUGAAGAACCGGAAGCGACCGGCCCGUCCGAUUUGGGUGGGGUGCCUUGGAAAGAGGCGGUGGAGCUCCACACUAAAUUAAAGGGAGAAUGCGACCCUGGUGCAGCUGAAGACGAAGACGGCCUUCAUUAUGAUGAUGGAGAGAUGAAUGAGGAUGAAGAGGAGGAGGAAGAUGAUGAAGAUGAGGAGGAGGAAGAGGAGGAAUCAAGUGAUGCUGGGAACCUGCACAUCCAACAAGCUAUUCAUCCAGUAGACCCUCUGGACAACCAGAUGGACAAACACUGUACAUCCAAACAGGCUGAAAGGGUGGUGGAGGGCUCCUCGCUGUCACCCUUAGGCUCUCAGCCCUCGCUGAAUACCCAGCUCACACAGCCCACCUCUUCCACAGCCCCCUCCCACAAAUCCAUACGUCAUGAGGCUGUCAGAGCCUGGUUGGACUCGAUGUCUGAAGAGCCUUGUGAAGAGGAUGACGAUGCAGAAGCAGGCAGUCCUGACUUUGAGCCGGGUACUGAAAUAGAUCAAGAGGACAUUCCCUCAGAUGCAGAGGCCGAAGCUCGUUCACAUUGCAUAGACGAAGUGGUGACGCUUCCAGUGGAUAUGGGCAAACCAGAGAGCCAGGGACAUGUUUUCAACACUGAGAAAACAUCUGCAAAUCCAAGGGAAUUGAUUGUGGACGUUGUGCUGUCUCCAAUCCAAAAACCUGCUUUGCCCAUAGAGGAGGUGAAAGAAUUUUCUCCUGUAAUACUAGUUAAAUCUCCAGGUGCACGUUUCUUCCCUGAGCCCUAUCUACCUGGUAAUGCCAAACUGAAUAUCCCCUCGCCUCAGAGUCCUGAUGCUAAAGGACCCCAUUCUCCUGUUGCUCAAAUUGUUACUCUAUCGCCCAUCUGCUCCCAACCUGUUCCACAACCAGAGAUGGCAUCUCCCAAAUCACCUGUCCAGCCUUGUGCUUGUUCUCCAACAGGUAAUCCUUUGUCUCCAAUGUGUACCCAAUCACAACCCUGCCAUGAGCCACCCUCACCCCUCUCCACAAGCUCUCCUGUCAGAACUCAGCCAGUACCAGCAGUCACUUCCACUCCUUUGGCUAAACCUGCUUCCGAGAACCGAAACAAUGGACCCUUGAAUGAUUCAGCACCUGAGGAAACCCCCGUCAAGAAAACGGACCUCAUUGAAGAGUUCUGGAUGAAGAGUGCCGAGAUCAGAAAAAGUUUAGGACUCUCGCCUCUAGAUCGAAGCAAAAUAACGGGUGAGAAGAGCAUUGUGAAAGCUCCAACGCCUGAAUCAUCAUCUCCCAGGUCUUACACCCCAGAGGACUUGUCUGAAGAGCAGAAGCCUACUUUCACAGGGCGUUCUAUCAUACGCAGAAUCAAUAUUACCUUGGAGGGUCAGGUUAUAUCUCCAGUGGAACCUAAGAGCAAUAGUUCUGAGAAGAAAGACUUCAGCAGCAGUUCAGGGUUGGGUCUAAAUGGAAGCGUGACUACCAGUCAGACAGCAACUAGUGACAGCUACAACAACUCUGAUUCUACCAUGCUCACACCUCCUUCCAGUCCCCCACCACCCCCACCUAAUGAGGAGCCAGCUGCUCUCCAAAACAAAAGGCCUCAGGCUUCCUGGGACAACCUCCUUGAAGGUACUGAGGAACCCAAAUCUGAGGCUAUGCCUCCUAAACCUAAGACUCCAGUUAGUCCUCCUCAACCACAAUCAGUUAUGGCUCCAGUGCCGACCCGUAGAACUAACCCACCUGUUGUGAUGAGGGUAAAGGAACCGAAUAAACCACGGCGCGAAGAAGUAAGGAAGUCUUUUGUAGAGUGCGUAGAAGAGAUACCAUUUGCUGACGAUGUUGAAGACACGUACGAUGACCGCACUCCAGAUACAAGUGGUCUGGAAAAAUUCUACACCCCGCCAACCAGCAAGGUCAAUCGGGACAAGCCUCCUUUCCACCUGGCACUGGCAAUGGAGAAUGGCAAGCCCAGCAUUACUGAAGGAGUUUCCCGGACAGCAAAAAAUCCCCAACGUUUUUCUCCUGAAGCCAAGGAGAUCGCAGAAGAGCGAAUGAGGGCACGGGAAAAGUCUGUGAAAAGCCAAGCUCUGAAAGAUGCUAUGGCCAAGCAGCUUAGUAAGAUGAAAGAAACAGAGGCUGCCAAGGGUGCUGUGGCAAAAGUAGCCUGGAAUGUUCCAGAGACAACAGGAAAAAACAAAAAGCAAUUAAAUGCCUCCAAGGACUCUGCGGUGAAGGCCUUGGAGUCCAAAAAGCAGACAGACACACCGGCCAUGAAGACCUUGGACAGUUCAGUCACAUCUUCAGAGAGCUCCACAGGAGGCAAAAGCAAGAAACGCAGCUCACUGUUUUCUCCACGCAAGAACAAAAAGGAAAAGAAAGCCAAAAAUGAAAGACUAUCUGGCACAGAAGAAACGCCACCCAAGCACAAGUCCCUGUGGAAGGCGGUGUUCUCUGGCUACAAGAAGGACAAAAAGAAAAAAGACAACAAGUCAUGCCCUAGCACACCCUCAAGCUCUACAACUGUAGACUCAGGGAAGAAGAAAGAGUCACCUUUGGACAGGUCCUCAGAUUUACGUCUGAGGAGAAAUCUCAGCUUUUCUGAGGACUCUGAUCUCUCCUGUGAUGAUGUUCUAGAAAGAUCCUCUCAGAAGUCCAAGAGUGAUCGCCAUGUGGACCUGUUUGACUUGGUGUCAGAUUUGAAAAAAGAGACGAUUAAAGAUGAAAGAUCCAAAGAAAAGGAAAAGGACAGGGCUAUGGAAAAAAGACGAUUGAGGGAAAAGGGCAAGGAAAGGUCAAAAGAGAGGGAGAAUGAGAAAAAGAGGGUGAAAAUGAAGGAUAUGGAACAUGAGAAAGGAAAAGAGGAAGAGUCUGUUUAUGUACCUCAUGCAUUGGCGUUCAAGAGAUCGUAUGCCACAAAGAAGACGUACACUGAGGAGGAACUCAACGCCAAGCUGACAAGAAGAGUACAAAAAGCUGCACGGAGGCAGGCCAAGCAAGAGGAGCUCAAGAGGCUCCACAGAGCCCAGAUCAUUCAGAGGCAACUGGAGCAGGUGGAAGAGAAACAGAGGCAGUUAGAGGAGAGAGGUGUCGCGGUGGAAAAGGCGCUGCGAGGGGAAGCAGGGUUGUAUAAAGGUUCUAGUGUUAGUCCAAAACAGCGUAAGAGACGCUCAGACUAUUGGGGAGAGUCUAAUUACAGUGAGAUCCUGGAUUUGCAUCUGGGCGUUGAACCCUAUGUCGGGACCCCUCGCCGAAGAGCCCUGUACCUCUGCCCCUGCUGUGCCCCUAAAGGAAUGGGUAAAAAGGACGAUCCAAAGCUGAUGCAGGAAUGGUUUAAACUGGUCCAGGAGAAGAAUGCCUUGGUGCGCUAUGAAUCGGAGCUGAUGAUAUUUGCUCGUGAGCUGGAGUUGGAAGACAGACAGAGUCGACUACAACAGGAACUACGAGAACGCAUGGCAGUAGAUGACCAUCUGAAGACCGAGGAAGAGCUGGCGGAGGAGAAGCAGAUUCUCAAUGAGAUGUUAGAGGUCGUUGAGCAAAGGGAUUCUCUGGUGGCCCUGUUGGAGGAACAGAGACUUAGGGAGAAAGAGGAGGAUAAAGACCUGGAGUCUGUGAUGCUCUCCAAGGGAUUCAGCCUCAACUGGGCUUAGCAUAACAACGAUGACAUGGUUCUGACCGCCAGCGUUUCCCAGUUCCACCGCAGGGAAUGUAAAAAAUUGCACAAAGAUUCGGUCUGUCUCCCCCCUCGUUUUUUUGGGCAUGUCAACACAACGUUUACAAAUCCACUCACGAGCACGAUGAUGUUGUUUACGAGUUCUCCUGGCACAACUCAGGGCGUUUUGUCCCUCGGCAGCCAAGGCAUUGGUUCCAUCCAAGACGUUCUCUCAGUCAGAACGAGAGAAUGGAGACAAUUUUGUUUUAUUAUUUUGAUCUUGAAAGGUGACAUAUCUAUCCUGCUGAUGUUGAGGAAGUCUUGAGACUAAUGAUCCUACAUAAAGCCAGUCUUGUUUUUCCUAGAAUAUCUGGUCAAUCAACUGUUACGUUUUCAGCGACGACAGGUGUUUGGACUUGAUUUCCUAUAAUGCAUUUUCUACCUUGACUACUGACUGGAAAAAUUCAGCUUUUUCUUUGCAAUCGCACUCCUCUCCUGUUUAAUACAACACUAUAAGCAUCAGACCUCCAUUCAACAGAUGAAUGCAGUCUUGUGCGGUUCACAGAUAAGCAUGUGAUGGACUUCUGUAAUUGUCACACACCCUCAGUGACCAGCACAUGUUGUGUUUGUAGCAUUGACAAUUGUACAAUUUUCAAAUUCGUCAGUAGCCACCUGAUAUUAUGGAUAUUGGUGUACGCUGGGAGCGAAAAUUUCUUUGUCACAUACUUCACUGAUGUUGGUUUCCAUUUGUCUUGAGUGGCGUUACUAAACAUAUAUCCUACAAACCGUUUACAAUCAUUUAUCAGCCAUAAAUAUCUGAUACUUGUACUAUAGUUUACAUAAAGCAGUGGAGUAUAUAUUAGUAUAUAAACUUCCUCAAUGCAGAUAGUUCAUAAGAAUACAUAUACACAUAAUAUGCAUUGAUAUACAAUCAAAUGCAUUAUGCAUUUUGUUGGUUGGUCAGUGGUUUUUGGAACAGUUAUCAAAUCAGAUCAAAUGAGUUUGUGCCCAUAUUCACAUUUAAUUCUCAGGCACCAAGGUUUGGUGUUGUAUUUUCCACUUUCUCCAGGUUUGGAGCAACAUGCCUUUUUUUAACUUUUCAUGCAAAGGCUCCUCACAUCCACGGAGUUUACUUAUGUUUUCAGAGUGUUUUAUUUAUAAUUGUCUUUAAAAUUAUAUCACAUGAAAACGUUUCAGCACUGUCGACCGACACCAGUGCUUAUUAACUGCAGGGGCUCGUAGUCAUGCUCGAUUUGGAACAGGAAACAUCGUUAUUGCAAAUGACCAUGCCUUUUUCUCAGUAAGUGUACAUUUCAUUUUAAUCACUGUUAAGCUGUAUAGAUGGGCACAGAUGUUGUUUCUUUUUGUUUGUUUGACUUGUAAGUACAGAUAACUGUGAAUGAAAACACAUGGUCAACAAUAGUUAGACUGUAAAAUGUUUGACAGAUUUUAUGGUAUUUAUUAACGUGUGAAAAAUGUAAAGUAUUGUAAAGUAAAUCAAUCCUAAUUUUUAAAAAAUAUGUUGGGUCUUGAAAAUGCUUUAUGUUGCUAAUUUGCAUAUAGAGUGUUGAAUGUAUGCAGAGGCAAUAAACAAUGCAGUUGUUAAAAAA